UGAACAUAUUUGUUAGACUUUUAGUUCGUAGUUUGCCAGAUCUGUUUGGGUUUUUGACAGAACUGGUGAAGAAAUUUUCUUUAUUAUCUAAUUUUAAUGGGUUAGGACAGUGCAGGUAUCAAGUCGGUGGAGAUCAGCUCUACGUUGCAGAACAAUGAGAAAGUAGCAGGAAUAAAGACCCAAAAACCACAAGCUUAUCAGCCCACAAACAUGCUAUGAAGGCAGAAUAGAAGAAGGUAAGGUAGUCAAUAUACUAGGUUUUUAUAAGCUAAUGCUGUGUGUUCAGCUUGAAAUGAUACCUUAGUUGUUUAUAGAUGUAUCAAUGUCGGCUUGCAUUUCAUGAUUCUGGUUUCCAUGAAUGUGUAAACUGUGGAUGGGUUUAAUAAGGUCGUUUGGAAGAGAUUCCAGAGAAACAAGAUGUAAUUGUUGACCUUUGAUGGUCAGGUAACUCUGAAUCGAUGUUCUGGAAUAGUAGGUGCUGCAGCUGAUAAAAGACUUUUCUUUAGUUCCACAUGCAUUGUAAUGGUGGAAUUCACAUGUAUUUGGAUAUUUUUUAGCUAUUUGUUUCAGCAUAAAUUGUUGAGAAGCAUCUUUCUUUCAGCACAACUUGUUGAAGAAAUGGAAGCUCCAAUGAAGUACAUCUGUAUUCUAGCGUUUCUUGUGAUAAUGACCAUUGCUGGGUUCAAUGGAGUGGAAGGACAUGAUGAUUAUGGUCCAUGUGGGAAACAUAACAUUGAGAAGGAAGCUGAGAAGCUGGCACCUUGUACAAAGGCAGCCCAAGAUGUGAAAGCUCCAGUUUCCAACCGUUGCUGCACUGUAAUGGAGAAAAAGCUCAAGAAUCCAAGUUGCCUCUGUGCUAUUAUGUUUGCACAUACAGCAUACAACGCUGGAAUCAAGCCAGAAGUUGCCGUGACCAUUCCAAAACGUUGCAACAUUGCUGUUUGUCCUGUCGGUCACAAGUGUGGAGUUUUCCCUCUCCUUUAAGUGUGAAGGCUCCCAUUGUUCGUCGUCCUGUGCUUCCCAUGGUUUGUUCUUGUUGCUAGUCAAUCUAGUUGAUGAGUUUCACUGUGACAUCCAGCUGUUUGAGUGAAAAAUAAAACUGCAGUUGGAUCUUUGAAUAAUAAAUCGAAGUAUAGUUGUUUCCUUUAAUAAUACUAAAUAAAAGGUUAGUU